UUCUUGCUAAUCACCAAGUUAAUGACCUUGGUCAUAUCUCGAGCAAAAUAGUAGUUAGUUCUCAGGGAAUGUAGGUUAUAUCUAACGCGCCUUGAUAUAAGGGCUUAACAGCGCAUAUAAGUUUACACCUAGCUAGGCACAUACCACUCCCUAUACAUACAGAACGUGCAAAUCUAUGGCGAGCAAUAGCAACACAGUUCAAUCUCGCGGGACGUUCAAAGGGGCGUGUAAGGGGGGUCAGCGCGAGGUUGCUUGCACAUUGGCUAAAGUAGUUCUUCCCUCGGCGCUUGUACGGUGAGACGCGACAGGAGUCAAGUGCACUGUGCAAAACCUCUCCCAAACCUACAAGAUAAUCUCAAGGAAAUCGUCCUCCUCCUCCUGAAAAAUUAGCCCGUCAUCACCAUGUCUGCUGGAAACGCCAAGAUCGGACAGCCUGCCCCCCAGUUUAAAGCCACAGCUGUAGUGGACGGCCAAUUUAAAGAGAUCAAACUCUCUGACUACAGAGGGAAGUAUGUGGUAUUGUUCUUCUACCCCCUGGACUUCACCUUCGUGUGUCCCACCGAGAUCGUGGCCUUCAGCGACCGGGUGGAGGAGUUCCGUAAGAUUGGCUGUGAGGUCAUCGCUGCCUCAACUGACUCCCACUUCAGCCACCUGGCUUGGAUCAACACUCCAAGGAAGCAGGGGGGCCUGGGGCCCAUGAAGAUCCCUCUCGUUGCUGAUCUGACCCAGUCCAUUUCCCGUGACUACGGGGUUCUGAAAGAGGAAGAGGGCAUUGCCUACAGGGGCCUGUUUGUGAUUGAUGAUAAGGGCUUGCUGAGGCAGAUCACCAUCAAUGACCUGCCCGUGGGACGCUCUGUGGAUGAGACCCUCCGGCUGGUGCAGGCUUUCCAGCACACCGACAAGUUUGGGGAAGUGUGUCCUGCUGGCUGGAAACCUGGGAGCGACACCAUUAUUCCAGAUGUGCAGAAGAGCAAGGAGUUCUUCUCCAAGCAGAACUGACACUGACACACAGUGUGUCCUGAGUUUUGGGGGUUUUGGUACUAAGUCAUUAUUACUUACUGAGUUAGUGUUCACUUUGAGUCCUUACAGACACCACUGUCAUUUUUAGAGCACUUGUUGUAGAUACAUCAUGGCAUCAGUAUGAUUUUCUCUUUAUCAUGUAUUAAUAAGCUAUCUGUAUUUGAGUUCUCAUGAGUCCCGAACACUGAGGGUAUUUUUUUCUUCAAUUGUUAAGAAUAUUGAACAUUUUGUACCUGGCAAUCGUACAGUAAAUGGUCUACUGUGACAAAAUGAAGGCAGUGAAAAUACGGACAAUGUUUACAGUGUUU